AUGGGGCCCUCGAGGAAUGGGCGAGCAUCGUCUGGUGGCUCACUGACUCUCAAGACCGCCAAUAAGCUCAAACGACAGCAACUCUACGUUCAGCAGAAGAAGACGACUGGCAAAGCCCGUCACGAGGAGCGGCACCGCAGACGCAAGGAAGAAGCCAAGGACCCCGAACUGAGGAGGCAGCGGCUCGAGCAGAACCAGCCCGCGAGCAUUGACAAGAAGAGGAUAUGGGACGAGGUUGAUGACGACAGUCUCGGUGCAGUGGUGGAUGUCGCCCAAUUGAAACGACGGCGUCUGGAGCAGGCGGAGGCCGCAGCAGCAGCAGAGGCGGAUGCAGUGACAGAGGAAAAUGCGGAGGAGAAGGAGGAUGACGACGUCGACAGCAUGCUCGGGUCCGAUGAUGAAGAAGACGGUGAAGGGAACGAUGAGGAGGACAGUGGAGAGACGCACAGGGAGCGGGCGCAGAGGCAGCCCAGCGUCGCUCCGUCGACAACCUCCACAGCGCUCGACCUCACGCCCGAUGCUCUCGCUUCCCAAUUCAAGUAUCUGUUCAGUGAAGAGCCGCCAGCGAUGCCCAAGAUCCUCGUCACCACUGGAAUCAAUGGGACUGUCCACAAGGAGGCGCAGGAGAUUGCGUCUGUGUUCCCUAAUGGUCAGGAUCCCUCGGGGCCAAAACGAUUUGGAUAUUCGAAGCUGACAUGUCCCGCUCUAGCCACCUACAUCAGGCGUAGUGCACAUCGUUACGGGCACAAGUACAGCGUGAGGGAGAUUGCCAAGUUUGCCAAAAACCGAGGGUACACCGCACUACUGAUUGUUCACGAGGAUCUCAAGCGGCCAAGCCAGCUGAGCGUGUGCCAUCUGAACGAGGAAGAUGCCCCCCCUGGCCCGACGCUCACAUACACCAUCCGGAACUAUCAGCCAGGGAAAGUAAUUCCCGGACACGGCAAUGCCACGAAUCACUAUCCGGAGCUCCUCCUGAACGGAUUCAAGACUCCCCUCGGUUUAUUGACUGCCAAGUCCAUGAACACCCUGUUCCCACCGAGGCCCGAGAUAUCUGGUAGGCAGGUGGUAACCCUGCACAAUCAGAGAGACUACAUAUUUUUCCGCCGCCACCGGUAUAUCUUUCGGGAAGCACGGCCGACGGAGAAGAACGUGGUGGGUGCGGAUGGCAAGGAGAUGGAGGGUGUGAAGGGGAUCCGCGCUGGUCUGCAGGAGAUUGGGCCAAGAUUUACCCUCAAGCUGCGCAGAGUGGACAAGGGGAUAGGAAGAGCUGGCAGCGAGGGCGACGAUGCGCUGAAGUGGGAGUGGAAGGCCAAGAUGGAGAAGAAGCGGACGCGCUUCAAUCUGUAA